AUGAGCCAUUCGAGAAAUCACUGGAGCGCCUGGGAUUUUGGUAUCCAGCAACCGUGCCGCCAGGAACUCCUCGCCAUGCCCGACAUGCUAACUCCCGACCGUCUUCACGCUAUGGGCAUCCUGGUUCACUUAUUCUGCGGUAACGAGGGCAGGAGGGCCCUCAUUGAUACAAUUAUCAACUUCAAGGGCGCCUAG